AUGCCUUCAUAUCUGAAGCUAUGCUUUGCCUAUUGUGCAAUAUUUCCAAAAGGUCACGAGAUACUUAAAGAUGAUCUUAUUCACCAUUGGGUUUCUCUUGGUUUCUCUACUCGGGAGCUUGGCGAGAGAUACAUUAGUCAGCUUUUGGGCCUUUCUUUUCUUGACCAUUUCAAGUCAUCAACGACUUUUGAGCUAUAUGAUGAAGAUGUUAUAUUGUUGACCAUGCAUGACCUGGUGCAUGAUUUAGCAAGAUCUGUCAUGGAGGAUGAAAUUAUUUUUGUUGGCAAUAUCAAUAAUGCUGAAGGAAGCCGCUACCACUAUGCAUUGCUAGAUGAUUGUAGCAAGCCAUUGGGAUCAGACUUAUCCAAGAUAAGAGCGUUGCGUUUUAUGGAUUGUGACAAAUAUGAACUUCAUGAUGCUGCAUUUUCAUCUGCCAAGUCUUUGCGUGUCUUGGACUUAAGUGAGUGCACCAUAUAUACGUUGGCAGAUUGUAUUGGUGAACUGAAGCAAUUGAGAUAUCUUAAUGCUUCAAGAGUCCAAGAUGCAAAGAUUCCGGACAGUAUCACCAAGCUCUCAAAAUUGAUUUAUCUGAAUCUUCAUGGAUCUCCUACAAUCUUAGCAUUAUCAGAGUCAAUUGGAGAAAUUGAGAGUCUAAUGUAUCUUGAUUUGUCAAGUUGUUCGGGAAUUACAAAACUGCCAGAAUCAUUCAGGAGGCUACAAAAAUUGGCGCAUUUGGACUUAUCAAAUUGCUCAUCUGUGGAAGGAAUAUCAGUGUUCUUGGAGAGUCUCACAGAGCUAGAGUAUUUGAACUUAUCAUACUGCCCAAAUAUCAGAGAUAUACCAGAAGUUCUGGGCAGCCUAUCCAAACUGCAGUAUUUAAACUUAUCAAACAGCUCAUAUCUUCAAUGUGGUAAAGAAGCAGAAUUUUUGGGUGCCCUCACAAAACUCGAGUAUUUGAACUUAUCUUCAAGGGAAUGUGGACUCAAAAAGCUCCCUGAAUCUUUGGGCGGAUUCAGUCAACUCAAGUACUUAAACUUAUCAGGUUGGCGAGAUAUGAAAAAAUUGCCAAGAUUAUUUGGGAGUCUGAAGAAUCUGCGCCAUCUUGACUUAUCACGUUGUUAUAUGGUUGAUGGUGUACAUGAAGCUUUGGUUGGUCUUACCAGUCUGCAAUAUUUGAAUUUAAAAGAAACACACGUCAGUUCCCUGCCAGAUGAUCUGACCAAGCUCCGGUAUUUAAAUCUAUCUAGAUUAAGAAACAUACCAGUAGAUUCCUCGGAUGAACCGAACAAAUAUGCAUUCAAUUUCAACCCUCUCUCUGCAGAAACCUGGGACAUUCUCAUCAACCAUAUAUGCGGAAUUAAUCUUUCAGAGCUAGAGCAUUUGGACUUGUCUGGAAAUUAUAACAUUGAAAGAAUACCUGAAAGUAUAUGUACAGUUGGUAGCUUGAAGUUUCUUUAUUUAGAGAAUUGUUACAAUCUUGCUGAAAUACCUCAACUCGGUAGCAGUGCAAUAUCGUUACCACACUUUGUGGUGCGUGCUGGUAAUGAUGGAUCUAGCAGCAAUCUUGUCCUGCUAAAGUCCAUAGAUCCUUCUGAGCUGGAGAUAACUAAACUCGAAAAUGUGAAGUCCGCACGAGAGGCACAUAGUAUAAAAUUAAUGGAAAAGCAAAGCAUUCGGAAGUUGAAACUGGAGUGGACUCAAGGUGUUGACAGAUUUGUGGAUGACAAACUGUUGCUGGAAAAACUAGUGCCUCCAAGCACGCUGAGUAGAUUGGAGAUAAGUGGUUAUAACAGUGUCUGCUUUCCAGGCUGGGUAGUGGGCCAACUACCAAACCUGGACUCACUGGUUCUCAGAGAUAUGGCAAAUCUGGAAGAGUGGGACACUUCAUACUCCACCGGUGAGGAGAACGUGUUAAAAGUAGUAGGAAUAAAUGGUUGCCCAAUGCUAAGGAUGAAAGGGCCUCUGCCUAAAUCUGAACAGUGGGAGAUAAUAUGCAGUGAUAAUGUGUUAUCAUCAUGGGAUGAGUGCAUUGUGUCACACACCAGUGCUUCCUCCUCUUCUCCAGUAACUACUAUGUUGUCAGUUAGAGACUGCAAGGGGCCUCUGCAUGAGUGGAGGUUGCUUCGACACUUCCCCGGACUCCCUUCUUUGUCUAUUGCCAAUUGUGGCGAUCUAACCGGCUCACCAGAUAUCAUCCAACUACUAUCCUCCUUGGAGGAACUAUGGCUACAAGACGAAGACAUGGAAGAACUGCCAAUAUGGUUGGGCGAGCUCCCAUCCCUAAAGAAACUGAUUAUAAUGGGUAGCCAUGGUGUAAAGGAGUUGAAUGAGAACAUGAGGCAACUCACAAAGCUUGAAUCACUAACACUGAGCGGCUGCAGAAGCAUAUCUGCACUGCCACAUUGGAUAGGCGAAUUAACCUCUCUCAAGGAACUUUUCAUAGAAGACAAUUAUGGCUUGAUGUUUUUGCCCGCAAGCAUACAACAGCUCACCAGCCUCCAGCGAAUAGGAUUGGGUUGGCGCUAUGCAUUAGAGCACGUGGUUGCUGAACCAGAGGAGGGAAAGAUGAAGCUCACUCACAACCAAGAAAGGGAAUCUGCCCUGCCCACCUCUCUAAAGAGACUUUGUCUGAGUGGAUGUGAUGGUAUCAAGUCUUUUCCUGAGGGAAUACAUCAACUCACUAACCUACAAAUAACGGGGUGCCCUGGACUAAAGGAAUGGUGUGAAUUAGAGGAGACAAAGGCCAAGCUGGCUCGCAUAGAAAAGAAGUACAUUAGAUGCUAG